AUGGCGGCUGCGACACAAGCUGAGACGGUGCCAGUGGACCGCGCGGAGGAGGACUUGCCCCUCACGGCUGCCGAGGAGCUGGCCGCCCAGAAGCGCGAACAAAGAUUGCGCAAAUUCCGAGAGCUUCACCUGAAGCGGAAUGAAGCUCGCAAGUUAAAUCACCAGGAAGUUGUAGAGGAAGAUAAAAGGCUUAAGUUACCUGCGAAUUGGGAAGCCAAAAAAGCUCGUUUGGAAUGGGAAUUGCAGGAAGAAGAAAAGAAAAAGGAAUGUGCAGCAAAAGGGGAAGACUAUGAGAAAGUGAAAUUACUGGAGAUCAGUGCAGAAGAUGCAGAAAGAUGGGAGAGGAAGAAGAAGAGGAAAAACCCUGAUCUGGGAUUUUCAGAUUAUGCUGCUGCCCAGUUACGUCAGUAUCAUCGGUUGACCAAGCAGAUCAAACCUGACAUGGAAACAUAUGAGAGAAUGAGAGAAAAGCAUGGAGAAGAGUUUUUCCCAACAUCCAACAGUCUCAUUCAUGGAACCCAUGUGCCUUCCACAGAGGAGAUCGAUAGGAUGGUCAUAGAUCUGGAAAAACAAAUUGAAAAACGAGACAAAUAUAGCCGGAGACGCCCUUAUAAUGAUGACGCAGAUAUCGACUACAUUAAUGAAAGGAAUGCCAAGUUCAACAAGAAGGCAGAAAGAUUCUAUGGCAAAUACACAGCUGAAAUUAAACAAAACUUGGAGAGAGGAACAGCUGUCUAA